AGCUGAGUUGUCAAAAAGUUGGCAUAAUUUCCAUCUGUUUUAUUUUGCUGAAAUCUAUUUUCAUAACUCAUACAUUCUACAAGUUAAAGAAUUUCUAAGUGUACUAGUGAUUCUGGUUCUAAUUAUUCCUGCGUACAUUAUUUCGACAAAACAAUCCAAUAAGAAUAUUAAAUUAUAAAUUCUUGAAUAAAAUCUUAAAGUUACAUAUUGUAUCUAAUUGAAAAUAUUGUUUAUAUUAUUUUUUUUAUAAAACGAUACCACUUGGUUGUUGUUAUUAUUUUAUGUGAUGACAUGAUGGUGUAAGCGUUUCGGGAAAAACCAAUAAUACAGAAAUUAUGGACAAGAACAUGGAAUCCCCCAGGACGGAGAGCCCCGUCCCGGAAGUGGAAAGACGGGAGAGUGAAACAGACUAUUCAAGUAUUAGAGGGAAAAUGAUCCUGGUGAGCCCCACAGCUGAUGAAUAUGAUCUGCUGAGGAAGGAACUCCUGGAGAGACUGGAGACGGGGAAUGGAGAAAUUAUUUACGACAUUGGUCAUGGUGAAGACGGUCGCGGUCUGACUGAAGACGAGUACAGCGCGUCAGUAGCGACCCUGCAGUCCCUGGUGAGCAGCGAGCGGAUCUCGUGUGUGGAACUGAGGCGAUGGGACUGCGGAAGCGGGGUGGCUGGACAGUACCUCCUCAGGACGGAGCUGGACCACAACGACUUCAUGGAGAUCAGGGUGGCGGUGGUUGGGAACGUGGACGCCGGCAAGUCGACACUGCUGGGUGUGUUGACGCACGGGGAGCUGGACAACGGGCGAGGGUACGCCAGGCAGAGGCUGUUCAGACACAAGCACGAGGCCGAGAGCGGCCGCACCAGCUCCGUUGGGAACGACAUCCUCGGCUUCGACAGCAUGGGUAACGUGGUGAACAAACCGGAACACGGGGCCCUCGACUGGGUCAAGAUCUGUGAGAAGUCGUCCAAGGUCAUCACGUUCAUUGACCUCGCGGGUCACGAGAGAUACCUCAAAACGACGGUGUUCGGCAUGACGGGACACGCUCCCGACUUUGGGAUGCUGAUGAUUGGUGCUAACGCGGGCAUAGUGGGCAUGACGAAGGAGCACCUCGGUCUGGCGCUGGCUCUGUCGGUGCCCGUGUUUGUGGUCGUCACCAAAAUAGAUAUGUGCCCGCCGAACGUUCUGCAGGAUAACCUGAAGCUGCUGAUCAGGAUCCUCAAGUCGUCUGGGUGUCGGAAGGUGCCCGUCAUGGUGAAGACCAGGGAUGACGUCAUCGUCAGCGCCACCAACUUCGUUUCCCAGAGACUGUGCCCCAUAUUCCAAGUGUCGAACGUGUCGGGCGAGAACCUGGAGCUGCUGACCAUGUUCCUCAACCUGCUGAAGACGCGCAUGCCCUCGCAGGACGACAAGCCGGCCGAGUUCCAGAUAGACGAUACGUACUCCGUGCCCGGUGUGGGCACAGUGGUGUCGGGCACCACGCUGGCGGGGGUGAUCCGCCUGAACGACACGCUGCUGCUGGGGCCCGACCCCCUGGGACGGUUCGCGCCCAUCACAGUGAAGAGCAUCCACAGGAAACGCAUGAGCGUGGCCGAGGUCCGCGGAGGACAGACAGCCAGCUUCGCACUCAAGAAGAUCAAGAGAUCCCAGAUCCGUAAGGGUAUGGUGAUGGUGUCCCCGGCGCUGGAGCCGCAGGCCUGCUGGCAGUUCGAGGGGGAGAUACUUGUGCUGCACCAUCCGACCACCAUCUCCUCACGAUACCAGGCCAUGGUCCACUGCGGCAGUAUCCGUCAGACGGCGUCCAUCCUGAGCAUGUCCCGGGACUGUCUCCGCACCGGGGACAAGGCGCUCGUCCGCUUCCGCUUCAUAAAACAUCCCGAGUACCUGCGGAGAGGACAGAGAAUGGUGUUCCGUGAAGGUCGCACCAAAGCGGUGGGGAACGUGCUCAGACCGGAGCCGGCGGCGCGGCCCCCCGCCCGACCAGCUCGGACUGCGCCCUCCACCCGCCAGAGGAUCGCUCAUCAACCUCAAGAGAGCGACGUCACAGCUGUGGACUCUCCGUUCGAGCUGCAAGCGGACAAGAGAACAGUCGCGCGGCGCCGCAAGCGACACGACAAGCCGCACCCCCAACACCCUCAACAGUCACAGCCGUCGCAGCCGCAGCACCCUCAGCACCCCACGCCGGGUCAAUCCGCGCUGGCCGCCAACUAACUACACCGUUUCGGCAAACCGAUAUUAAAUCCGCUGUCUACUUCAUACGGAGUAAAUAUCAACGUAGUUCUUACAAUAAAUACAAUAUAUGACCUUCAUAAUUUUCUACUUAACCGAUAUAUAGCCUUAUAGCAAUUUAAUAUUUUAAUAUGUCUUUUUAUUUUGUGUCAUAAGAUUCACAAGCUAUUAUGUAUUGCAAACGUUGUGAACAAAUUCACUGGUAUUCUUAACUGGUAGUUGUCAGUGGACGUUUACGGUCUACUUAGUUCUAGACCUCGGUGAGAUCUCACGCUCGACUUCCUAUCAUUGAUCUUCACUUAUUAAACUAUUGAGAAGCUUCAAUGUUAAAUAUUCUCUGGAGUAUGUAGGCGUCUUAUUUCUAUGAUAAAAAUGGUGUGUUAUAUUUUGUUUGUAUCAAAUGUCAAAGUUAAUUUUCGCUGUUGAAGACUAAACAGACAUAUCAUAGAGGUUGUUUGUGUUUCUAAUUAAAAAUGGCUAGAACAUAGCGUUGCUUGUUUGUUAAAUGUGUGGUUUAGCGAUUUAGUAAUGUGCCUCAGUUAUUCAAGGGUUCAAAUGUGAAGAUUAAUAUUUUACGUGACAGAAAACAAUUUAAAUUAAUUUUCCAAAACAAAUCAUCACAUGAGUAAAGCUAGCGACCUCCUCUGUACCACGAUCACAGUAUUUACUUUCAGAACCGUUGUGAUUUUAAUAGUUUAAGUAAAAGGAUAUUAUAUUCAUUUAAAAAAAAAUAAUAAAUCUAGUUGGAAGUGUG